CAAAAUUGUGUUGAAAGAACACCAAAAAGAACCUGUUUUCCUUGCUGGAAUACCCAGUGGAAUACAAGCAUCUGCUCCAGUCGUGGCACUUCCAGGGAGCUGCAGUGACUUCUGUGCUGGGCUUUGCCUUUGAUAGAGAAACGUGGAGCACAGCAAGGCAGUUGCAGGUUUGGGAUCGGAGUGGCAGCCAUGAAGGACCCGAGUCGCAGCAGUACCAGCCCCAGCAUCAUCAGCGAGGAUGUGAUCAUCAACGGGCACUCCCACGAGGAUGACAACCCCUUUGCUGAGUACAUGUGGAUGGAGAACGAGGAGGAGUUCAACAGGCAGAUCGAAGAGGAGUUGUGGGAAGAAGAAUUUAUCGAGCGCUGUUUCCAGGAGAUGCUGGAAGAGGAGGAGGAGCAUGAGUGGUUCAUUCCAGCCCGUGAUCUCCCACAAACAAUGGAUCAAAUCCAGGACCAGUUCAAUGACCUUGUUAUCAGUGACAGCUCAUCGCUGGAGGAUCUGGUGGUCAAGAGUAAUCUGAAUCCAAACGCAAAGGAGUUUGUUCCUGGGGUGAAGUACUUAAACAUUUGAGUAGACUGGGCCCUCUUUUGGUGGAUGUAGCACAAUUUCCACACUGUGAAGCCAGUAUUAGAAGAUUUAAUUGUAAAAGCUCUCUCUUCUUGUCACUGUGUUACACUUAUGCAUUGCCAAAGUUUUGUUAGUCUUGCAUGCUCAAUAAAAGUGCUGAGACUGUUAUUAAGUAAAUCUGUCAAAAGUUUAAUGGAAACAUAAUUGGGCCCUGGCUCUGUGCGAAGGAGGCAGUGAGGUAAGAAGCACCAGUCAAGUUGAGACAAAGUACCACGUUAAUAAAACCUUCUGCAGACUCUGACUUUUUAAACAGGACUUGGAAUUUGCGGUGAAUGGUCUGUUUUUAACUAAAGAUGUGUUAACUGGUGCUAGCUUGCACCUGAUAAUGCCUUAACUUCCAAGUGAAAGUGAGGAGAUCUGAUUGUUAUGCAAAUUAGCUAACUUUCCUUUGAGGUAUCAGUGUUGUUACUAAUGUUAAUUUCCCCCCUUACAAAACAUCGUGAUCCUGGGAAGCAGCGUGAGCUUACCCCAAAUCUCACAGACCUGUGCAGAGUCGUAGAUCUCAGCUCCUGAACUAACAUCCAGGCAUUUGGGAGGAAGCAGUUCCCUGUCCUUUGCAGUGUGUGAUCAUGUUAGAAACCUUCCCUUCCCUUCCCGUGCUGUUCAGGGAGGUGUGAGAUCCAUCACAGUUCCUGCCAAGAACAGGCAUCCCACACAGCACUGCCCAUGGAACCCUUAGCAUCCAACUCCCCACAGCUGGAUUUAACCAGGCAAACCCCAGCAUUAGUGAUUUGAGUGGUGCUUUUCCCUUGCUUUGUUUAAUCAUCACUACACAAUAGUCUACAGCACAACGACUUUUUUGGGGUUUUUUUUUUGUUUUGUUUUUUGGUUGUUGUUUUUUUUUUUCUUUUAAUAAAGCUAGAACAGUUUUGGCUUCUUAAACUUCAUAUUUGGGUAGGUUAAGCUGCCAUACGUGUUCAGUGUGAAUAGUGUUUAAGUUGAAAAUAUUGUAAAAAAAUUAUAUUUUUUCAAAAAUAUUUAAAAAAAUAAAUAAUAGUAGAACUGA